AUGUCAUCUGGAGCUAGGAAUGCUGGGGAGCCUAUGAAUAUUGACGAUUUCUUUUCUGGGACACAGUUUGGAAAUUUCUUUGAAGUUGGAAACAUGCAUUCAUCUGCUACCCGAAAACCUCAGCAGGAUAUCCCGAUAUAUCACGACUUAUCAGUUUCGCUGCAGGACGUUCUUCAUGGGACGACAAAGAAAAUACGUAUCACUAGAGCUCGUUUGAAUCCUGACAGGCAGACUACACGUCAGGAGGAGAAAACGGUUGAAAUUGAAGUUAAAAAGGGGUGGAAAGCUGGUACCAAAAUUACAUUCCCCCGUGAGGGGGAUGAAAGUAUUAGCAUCUCUAUCACCGCCUUCAUCUGA